GUUCAAAUUCCUAUAUUACAUUAUGUCAUAGCUCACAAAUAUUAUUUUGAGGAAAAACGAAUUUAGCUUCUCAUGUCGUUAACGUUAUGUCGAUAACGUUAUGGAAAAAGGUUUUAUUGUAUACAUGUGGCAACUCCUGUCGUGCAAAAAAGGGUUCGUUUUCUUGUCUUUUGGGCGGGUUUUGAGUGGUCAUUUCGUCUGAAAUUUUAGCUUGACCUGGCAACAUGACCUGAAAGAAUGUGCAGAAAAAUACGGAGAAACGCAACAUCGUAACUGCUGAAAUUGUAUUUGCUGUAAAUGUUGUGAUUAUUUCAAGCAUUUGAAAUCCACACGUUGGCGUAUGGAAGUCAGCGCGUCCCAAAUGUAGCAGAACAUGACGGCACAAAGUCAAAAUGUCAACAAAGGAAGGAAGAAGACAUCCCAACCUGGAGUAGCAGGUCUGAGCAACCUAUCAAAUGGGAGUCCUGCAAAUCAAAACACUCACAUUUCAUUUGUGCAGGAUUCAAGAAGGCCAGAUGAGUUUGACUUUGAGUGUGUGGUAAAUUCCAAAUUCAAAAACUCAAAAGUUUGGUUUUGUGAGAAAUGUCGCUUUUUGACCACAGAUUUUGAUGAUUACAGCAGCCAUAUUAUGGAGCAUGCGGUAAUGAGAUUUUACUGCUUCUAUUGUAACCAUGUCUCAUACAGCGAGGCUGAAUUAAACCACCAUGUAGAACAGCACACCAGAGUACACCCCUUCAAGUGUCAGUUCUGUGAUUAUAGAGCUGUGAAGAAAGACUAUGUUGAAAUGCAUAUGAAGCGAAUACACAAUGCGCUUCCUGAGAAAGUAUCCAUUGCUUUGCCCAGAGCUCCCAAACCGGCCUCUCUCCCCAGUGCUCUGCCCAGAGAUCCCACAUUAUCAGGGAUCUUAAAUACAAGGGUCGCACCUUUGCGCACUAAGAAUAUCACAACCAGAGUGGAUGAAGGAAGACGAGUGGAUGAAGGAAGACCUAUGGAUGGGACACUGGAUGCAAACAUAUUGCCCAAAGUAGAGGUGGAGCUGUUGGCACCUUUAAAUGAACCAAUUCAACACAACAGGCCUUUGACUGUCUCUUUCCCUGAAGUGGGGACCAUCCCCCCUGGCUGCCUUGUUGAACUUGUUGAGGUGAAAACAGUCAAUGGCACCAAGGAACUAAAGUUGAGACUCGUCUCACAACAAUCUAAUGGGUCUGUAGCGAAAGCCUGUCGGACCACAACCUCACAAAAUGCCACUUUGUGUAAAUCAUCGAUGUCCAACGCCACUCCAACUAGAGAAAAGCCAGUGAAGAAGAGAACUUGCACAGCCAACAUAUCAACCCGACAAAUAAAUAACCAGAAACAAAAGGAGUUAACAACUGCCCCCAACACAAAUGGCAUACAACUGAAAAAACACUCUGAAGAGUUGCUGGUGAUGGUGAAAGAUGUAAAUCAGCCAUUUGAGAUAAAGAAAGAGGAAGUGAAGGAAGAGAACUGUGAUUCUGUGCAAAAAUCUGAACGCUUGACUUCAUUUACAGCUGUCUCGAGUGUGUCCAGGAUGGGAAACGUCAAUGGCACCAAAUCACCCUCUGUUGCACCUGCUGCAAUGUCAUCUCUUGUAUUGUGCAACCCUAGAAGUAGCACCCUGGUCAUUCCCUCUCCAACAAACCAACCUAAAGAGGAUGAGACUUGUCAUGUGGCUGACUCAAACACCUCUGGUUGGACUCAAUCUGAGAAUCCAUUAGUAGAUAACGUGCCAGUACCAAAAGGUUUCCCAGUCAUUUCAGCUGUAUUUUCUCUAAGUAGCCCUCAACUCCUGGCGGUGGCUCUUCGGACCAUAGCUUUGGGUAACAAUUCACCCUCUGCAACGGUAGAGCAAGGAAAUGUCAAGAAUUCUUUGAUCCUCACACCUGCUAAGACAACAGCAGUGUGCAAAGGGCAUGAACACAAGAUAAAGCCAGGAAACACUGACAUGGCCCCUGAGGGUCUGUCCUCUGUUCAUGCACCUCAAAUGACCUCAAAAGCCUGUCACCAGAUGCAGAGUGCUCAAUGUUCUAGACACACCCAAUCACUAACAAGUAAUCCCUUGAGCACCAAGGGGGAAAAUAACAGUGUUACAAUAAAGCUUCACAAGAAAACAGUUUUGAAUAUGAAAAAAAGUCCUCAAAAUGUGGCCAAAAAAACAGUAAACACACGGGACAGUUGGAUUGGCCAAAUUAACACUGAAAAAGGGUCAGUCCCCAGACACUGGAAAAGUUCAGCAAACAAGCGUGACAUUUCUGGUAGGCUCUCUUCCUGCCUGAAGCUCUCAUUGAAAAGGAUACGAGUAGAAGAGGAAAGUAGCCUUCAACGUUGUGCACCUGAGUUGAACCAACGAAGGAAGAAAAGAAGACGACGAGACAUGGUAUCUGGGUCAAAGACUUUCACCCACCUGUUAGAUACCACAGGUGACAGGGUUAUUAUCUGCCCAACUCCACUGAAAGAAGACCAGCUGGUGAAGCAACCAGGCCCAAACCAACCUGUUGUGGUUCUCAAUCAUCCCAAGCCUCUGGUUCUGAGAGGGAGGGGGGGAAUGGAGAUGAUUUCAGACAUUGGUCCAACAUGUCACAUAAUGAAAAUGAAGUUGAGCAAAGUAAUGGGACAUACGUAUGAGGUGAUUGGAUGUACCGUUAAGGCCUCUCCUUAGGGUGAUGACAAAUUGUUAUGGAAAAUUAUAGAUUUAUUUGCUGGGAACAGAACACUAAACAUUGAGUUAUCAAGACGAGUCUGAUGCAUUGCGCCAUUAAGGGUUGGCUUGCACUCAUUUCCAGGGUCCCUAGAUGAGCUUCAGAUUAAUAAUGGUUAGACAUUUCAUACAAUAUGUUACUUCAUAGAUGAUGAAAGACUGAACCCCAUUGAGAGAAACAAGUGGGCAUUCAGGCAGGCAUAUUUAAAAAUAAUAAUAAUAAUAAUAAUAAACAAUUAGCAUUUUUGCUGCAGUAUCAUUGAUAGCACAGAUAUGUGUAAAUAUGAUUGUAUAUUUUAAUGAACUUGUACUUUUUUUCUGAUGGAUGAACAACUGCUUAAAUUAAAUCAAUGUCAAUUAUUUUGAAUGCAUUUUGAAUAAAAUAAUAUGUAACCUCCUGGUUACUUUUAGCCGGACUGCAUUGGGAGAAUAGAACACCAGCGAACGCAGUCAGCAACGUUACUAAUUUGUUGUUUUGAGUAUUUAAAUGGAUAACUCACUGUUUAAUUCAAUAAAUAGCUACACAAAAAUAGUGUGUAGAAUGAUAGCCAUGAGGACAGCAAGGGAUUUUUUUUUUCAACUGUCAUUGAAAGACCAGGCACAUCUCUCUGCCGUUGUCUCUGAAAAAGCAAUUGUAGCUAGAGCUGCCACCCAAUACCAGUGUUUUUACAUCAAAAUAUAAAUAGUUGUCAAGCCUACUACAGAAUUCUGAAAAUGUUACCAUAUGGUGAAUAGAAUGUUCAUGCUAAACCUCUUUCCAUUGAUCACUGACUUUUUGUAUUGAAGCUCUGAAAAAAGUGUGGUUAUAUUAUCCAACCUCAUCAUUCCUGUUUUAUAUUUUGCAUUUAUUAGGGUUGACUGACUUGACAUUAACAUUUUAAGUUCCUAGUGGAGCAAAGUAACUCAGUGCUACUCUAUUGAACCCUUUUUGGACUUUUACAUUUUUAACCAUCAUUCCAGGUGGUUCCUGCCAUCUUUAUCCCUUUUUCAUAAGUAAUUCAUGUUUUCUUUGGACUUUUUGUCAUGGUUACUGCUGUAUAUUGCCAGAAGUGUUUGAACCGCUCCCUCAAUCAUCUGUUUUUCUGUAUUUUUUUCUGUAAAAGUAUCAGAGAAAAUAUUGAGCUGUUUUAGGUUGGACCAUAACAAUAUAUUUAUCAAAUAUAGCUCUUGUUUAGAUGUGGUGCGGAUCUUUAAAUGUACAUGUAUUUUGGUUUCCUUUGAAAUUUCUCUCAUCUUUUAAAUGGGAGUUAUUCGCAUAAUAACAAUUAUAGUUGUUGUUCUCAUGUUGUCAGUGUUUUCUGUCCUCUAUGUAUUAUCUUAAUGUGCCAUUUUGAAUAAAGAUCUUUUUUCAUA